AUGAGUUAUAUGAACCGGAUUUUCAAACCACAUUUAGAUCAGUUUGUUGUGGUAUUCAUUGAUGGUAUUCUGAUCUACUCUAAAAGUAAGGAAGAACAUGCAGAGCAUUUGAAGAUAGUUUUACAGAUUUUAAGGGAGCAUCAGUUAUAUGCCAAACCAUCCAAGUGUGAGUUUUGGUUACAUGAGAUCCAAUUUCUUGGACACGUCAUCUCAUCUACAGGAGUGGUUGUUGAUCCGAGUAAAAUUGAAGUUGUGUUGGAUUGGGAGAGACCCAAGAGUGUUACUGAGAUCCGGAGUUUUCUGGGUUUAGCUGGAUACUACAGGAGGUUUAUUAAUGGAUUCUCCAGAAUCGCCUUGCCAUUGACUAGGUUGACCCGAAGAGGGGUGCCAUUUGCAUGGACCCUUGGGUGUGAUGUGAGCUUUCAAGAAUUGAAAGAUAAGUUGACUACCGCACCAGUUCUGAUUCUUCCUGAUCUAGAGAAGAGAUUUGAGAUCUAUUGUGAUGCAUCCAAGUAUGGAUUAGGGUGCGUGUUGAUGCAGGAGCGAAAG